CUUCCCAUCGCAUGAACGAGGCGACCGACAUCAAUAAACUCUGCGCUGCGGUUCCCGAUGACUUGGCGAAAAUCAUUACGGAAUAUCCAGAAAUUUUCCCGGGCGAUUUGCCAAGUGGCCUGCCACCUGAACGACCCCAGGACCACAAAAUUGAGCUGGAGCCCGGCGCGCAGCCUACUGUACGCACGCAAUGGCGCCUGACUCAGCCGGAGCUACAAGAGUUACGAAACGAGUUAGACUACCUGCUGGCGAAAGGGUUCAUUCGGCCGAGCACGUCAUCGUUCGCAGCACCGAUCCUGUUCACGCCAAAAAAGCACGGCGGAUUUCGCAUGUGUACGGAUUAUCGUGCCCUUAAUCGGGUAAUGAUAAAAUCGCGCUACCCAAUCCCACGCACGGACGAACUGAUCAACAUCCUUCGCGGAGGUCAUUACUUUUCGAAGAUCGACCUUCGUGGCAGUUACCAUCAAAUUCGGGUGUUCGCUGACGACUGCCACAAGACCGCGUUUCGUACUCGCUACGAGAGUUACGAAUACACGGUGAUGCCGUUUGGAUUAACGAACGCCCCCUCGACGUUCCAAAUCACCAUGAAUGGGGUGUUCCGUGAUUUACUCGACAAAUGCGUAAUAAUUUACCUGGACGACAUCCUGAUCUACAGCAAGACCCGGGAGCAGCAUUUAAAAGAUUUGGACGCGGUUUUUCAGCGGUUGCAGCAGCAUCGUCUCAUCACCAAGGGCUCCAAGUGCGAGUUUUUAAAACAAGAACUGGAGUUCCUAGGGCAUGUGAUCUCCACGGAGGGGAUCCGGAUAGACCCGAAAAAACUCGGGGCUAUUCAGGAAUGGAAACCACCAACGAAUCUGCAGCAGCUGCAAUCAUUUUUGGGUUUCGUGAAUUACGUCAGGCGGUUUAUACCCAACAUGGUGGGGUUAAUUGGACCUCUAACCGACCUACUGCAGAAGGGGAAUUUUUACGAGUGGGGGGAGAAGCAGCAAGCUGCGUUCAAGGCAUUAAAAAACAUUAUAAUGUCUCCACCGGUACUUCGCAUCGCUGACCCAGAACGGCCCUUCGAAGUCAUCACCGACGCAAGUGACAUCGCCAUCAGAGUAGUGCUCAUUUACGAAGCGGGACUGAUCGAAUUUUGGGUCCUAAGUUAUCGUUUACUUCGCGAAUUACUAAUUCAAGAAGUCAACGAUUCGAAUUUAUCGGGACAUUUCGGGGUUGACAAAACUUUGAAGGCGUUGCAGCGGUUUUAUUACUGGCCAGAUAUGGUGACGGUCGUGCAGCGUUACGUGGCCGCGUGUCUGAUCUGCCAGCGAAUGAAGUCAUCACACCAGCGACCUACAGGACUGUUGCAGCCCCUCGAGCCACCUCAACGCCCAUGGCAACACGUAACGAUGGAUUUCGUUAUAGGACUACCGGCCGGACCCAGCGGAAACGACGCGGUUUUGGUUGUCGUCGACCGAUUGACGAAAAUGACGCAUUUCGCACCAUGUCAUACAACCAUCACAGCCGAAGAAACAGCGCGCCUGUUCAUCUCGACCGUUGUUCGUCUACACGGGAUACCAGCAGCAAUCAUUAGCGAUCGAGAUCCGAAGUUCACGUCAAAAUUCUGGCAGGACACGUGGGCUCGGUACGGCACGCAUCUACAGUUCUCAUCCGCUUAUCAUCCCCAAACGGACGGCCAGACGGAAAGGACGAAUCAAACGAUGGAGCUGCUCAUUCGGACAAACUGCCCCGACUGAAAACAAUGGGAGGACAGGCCUCGAUUUCCUUCGUCGUGCACAUGCCGCUCCUGUGUACUCGAACCCCCUCCCAUCUCUCAGCAGUGAAGAGUGGGAGCGCAAUCAGGACGAUGUGACUGAGCUGGUUGACUCGCCAUCCAAGGCCCCGCCUGCCACUCGUCCCGCCACGACAACCCCAGCUGCCACUCGUCCCGCCACAUCAACCCCAGCUGCCACUCGUCCCGCCACAUCAACCCCUGCUGCUACUCCUCCCGCCACGACUACAUCGGUCGCCGUGACGUCGAAAAAGAGGCGCCGCUAUGAGCAAUCACACCUGCCAUUUGCACCGCCUCCUCCUAAGCCCCCCACUCCGCCA